CUGACCCGCAGAUCCCUCCUUCCUCCGCUGCCUCAGCCUUCUCUGCUCCUGAACGCUGAUGUGUUACUAACGAACCCCUAAAGUGUGUAAAAAUGUUCUCUUUCGGACCCAAACUGUUGCUGCUUUUUCUCCUGGCCUUCCCCUGUGGACUCAUAUCCGUGGGCUGCGUGCGAGCCGAAUCCGACUUCUCUGAGGAAGUUGCUGAUGAUGCAGAUGCUCUUGUAGAUGAGGAGGAGGAGGAGGAUGAAGAGGUGCUUGUUGAAGAGGACCAGCUCCAAAAUUCGGAAGGAGAGGAUGAAGACUCUGAAGGUGGCGAUAAACCCGUGACCUCUCACCCUGAUGCCGACACAACCAUCAUCUUCACCACCGGAGAAGAGUUUCCAGCCAAUGAAAUAGUAAGGUUCCUGGUUGGCUUCACAAACAAAGGAAGUCAAACUUUCACUGUUCAGUCUCUGGAGGCCUCCUUCCGUUAUCCUCAGGACUUCCAGUUCUUCAUCCAGAACUUCACAGCUCUUCCCCUGAAUACUGUAGUCCAGCCGCAGGCUCAGGCCUCCUUUGAAUACUCCUUCAUCCCGGCUCAGCCCAUGGCUGGACGCCCUUUUGGUCUCGUCAUCCAGCUCAGCUACCUUGACUCUCAGGGCGGUGCGUAUCAGACUGCCAUUUACAACCAGACCGUCACCAUCAUUGAGCGAGAAGAGGGCCUCGAUGGAGAAACAAUGUUCAUGUAUGUGUUCCUGUUCGGGCUGGUGGCCCUAAUGCUCUUCGGGAUGUACCAGGUUCUGGAGUCCAGGACGAGGAAAAGGCUUCCUGUUAAAAUAGAGAAGGGCACUGCUGGGAUCAAUGAUGUGGACAUCAGCUGGAUUCCUACGGAGACGCUCAACGCCAUGAACAAAGCUUCUCCUAAAACGUCUCCAAAGAAACGAGCCAAGCGGUCAGCCGGAGCUGAUCAGUAAUCGUUGGUCAUUUUCCAUCCAUCGUCUAAUUCGUUAGACAUUCAAAUGGUCCUCUCUGAUUUCUUUUUACAAAGUAGUCAGAUUUUUUAUGAUUCAAAUAUUGGUAGGAGCGAGGAUUUGUGGAUGUGUGUUUUAAGUUCUGCCUGCGUCUGAAGAGCGUCUCUGUGCUUUCUUUAAAGCACAUGAUUUGAUCUGAAACCGUUUUAUUUUGAAUUUGGAUCAGAAACACUUUAAACAGUAUUAUAGCAGCCAUACAAGUCUGAAUAAAACACGGCUUUUACAUCCAUAACCAGAGGGAAACAAGUUUCCUUGAUGCCGGCGUCACAUCGGCCUGCUUUGUUUUUGUGAAGUCCGACCAGAACAUAAUAUGAAGCAAACCACAGUCCUUUUGUUGUGGGAGGGGUUUUUAAAGGAGCUUUUUUUAGUUUGUAUUGGUACGGAUGCCUGAAACAAACAAAAUAAAAAAGUACAAAAAUCUUUAA